GAUUCUGUGACUUGUCUGAGAGGUAGAGUACGCAGUACUACAGUACUACUAGAGGUCAGCCACAAGGAUAUAUCGUAGGUGGCUACAGCAGAGAAAGACUGUUUGACGAUCAGCUAGUCUUCAGUGAGGUCUCCGGUUUGUCUUCAUUAAGUAAGAUCUCGGCAAGAACACCUAAUAUGUCAAAUAAUGGAAAACAUGACGUUAUCGUCAUUGGAGCAGGCAUAAGCGGUCUAUCAGCAGCCAAGCUUCUUCACGAUCAAGGAUUGGAUGUCGUGGUUCUGGAAGCAAGGGAUCGAGUUGGUGGCCGUACAUACACUUUGAAGGAAUCAGCAGAGAAGUAUGUGGAUGUUGGUGGAUCAUACAUCGGUCCAACACAAAACCGAAUCAUUCGUCUUGGCAAAGAACUCGGUAUUGGUAACUACAAGGUUAAUGAAGAGGAAAGAAGUGUAUUUCUAAUAAAGGAUAAGCCGCAAACAUUUAGAGGGUCAUUGCCUAGCAUUUACAAUCCCUUUACAGUCAUGGACUACGUCAGUUGCUGGAGGACGUUUGAUGACCUUGCGAAAGAGAUUCCCGCAGAAGCGCCAUGGAAAUGCCCUCAUGCACUGGAAUAUGACAGCAUGAGCGUAGAAAAUUGGAUGGACAAAAACUGCUGGAGCAAUUUCUCAAGGGACACAAUUACCAUUCUCGUACGGCUGGGUUUUGCAACUGAACCUUGCAGCGUCUCAUUUCUGUACUUUUUGUGGUACAUUAAGUGUGGGGGAGGGGUCCUUCGAUUUGUCAGUACAACAAAUGGUGGACAAGAGAGGAAGAUGAUUGGAGGUUCCCAGCAAGUUAGUCAAAAGAUUGCUGAAAAACUAGGAGCACGUGUGCUCUUGUCUAAUCCUGUCAGCAAGAUUGAUCAAACUAAAGGUGAUGUUGUCAUGGUAACUGUUGUAUCUGGAGAAGUAUAUCAGGCCUCUUUCGUAAUCAGUGCUGUCCCUCAAGCAAUAAUCGGAAGGAUAGCAUUUAGUCCACCGUUACCAGCUCUUAGAAAUCAGUUAAUUCAAAGAAUACCAAUGGGUUCAUGCAUCAAAACAAUAACAUACUAUGACACUGCUUGGUGGAGGGAACUUGAUUACUGCGGAAUUGUUCUUGGUGAUGGUAUCAUCUCCGGUACACAAGAUGACACCAAACCAGAUGGCUCAUACCCAGGAUUGGUAGGAUUCAUCAAUGGUGAUCGUGCUAGAGAAGUUUGUCAUUUAACUAAAGAGGAACGAAAAGAACGAGUUGCGCAGCAUUAUUGCAAAGCCUUCAGUUCUAAGAAAGCAUUAAAUCCUGUGAAUUACGUUGAGCAUAAUUGGAUGGAGGAGGAAUAUUCCGGAGGCUGCUACAUGGGAGCCACACCACCAGGUGUUCUCACCUCAUUUGGAAAAUUUUACAUGCUGUUGGGAAAAUACCAGCUAAUGCUAUAUGGAUAGAUGAACCAGAGUCAA